UUUUCAUUUCUACAUCACACACACACUCUCUCUCUCUCUCUGAAACAGAGUCAUAAUAAUUUCAGAGAAUAAUGGAGGUUGAUACGCUCUCUGCUUUUGAACCAUUCUCCUUCGGAGAUUUUCGAUUAACGUCCUCCUCCGAUUACUCCCAACUCUCUCCCAAUGUCGAUCCUCACGCGCAUUCACGCGCUGCUCUCAGAGUUCAGAAGGUUUACCGCAGCUACCGUACUCGCCGCCGCUUGGCCGAUUCCGCCGUCGUCGCCGAAGAGCUCUGGUGGCAAGCGAUAGAUUUUGUGCGGCUAAAUCAUAGCACGAUUUCGUUCUUCAAUUUGCCGGAAAGCGCUGCUUCUCGCUGGAGCCGUGUUCGUCUCAACGCUGCCAAGGUGGGUAAAGGUUUGUCCUUAGACGCCCAAGCUCAAAAGUUGGCUUUUCAGCAUUGGAUUGAAGCUAUUGAUCCACGCCAUCGUUAUGGACACAACUUGCAUUACUAUUAUGAAGAAUGGUGUAAAACGGAUUCUGGUCAGCCAUUCUUCUAUUGGUUGGAUUUAGGAAAUGGGAAAAACAUUGAUCUUGAGCAAUGCCCUCGAUCAAAGCUCCGAAAACAAUGCAUUAAGUAUCUUGGACCUCAAGAGAGAGAGCACUACGAGUACAUUGUCUGUGAUGGGCAAAUUAUCCACAAACAAACUGGAGAUUUUCUUCAUACAUAUGAAGACACCGAAGUUGCCAAGUGGAUAUUUGUAAUGAGUACCUCCAAGAAACUUUAUGCAGGCAAGAAAAAGAAAGGGUUGUUCCAUCAUUCUUCCUUUCUGGCUGGCGGAGCUACCGUAGCUGCCGGAAGAUUGGAAGUCGAGAAUGGGUUUCUAAAGUCCAUAUCUGCAUAUAGUGGACACUACCGGCCAACAGAUGACAGCCUCAAUAGUUUCUUAUCGUAUCUCAAAGAAAAUGGGGUCAAUCUUGAUGAAGUUGAGAUCCGUAAGCCAAAUGAAGAUAGUGAUAUGUAUGAGGACAAGCCUAUCGAAAGCGAAGUAAUAACCGAAGUUCCAACCAAUGGCAACGUGUUUUCUUCUGAACCCGAAAUUUCCAAGGAGGUGGAGACCACCCCAUCCUCAGAUAAGGAACAGGAAGAUCCUCAACCUGAACCGGCACCGACACCGACACCGACACCUACCUACAUGAGAACUCUCUCAGGUGGUCUUCAGAGUCCAAGAGCCGAGGUACCAAAGACUUCGAUAUUGCAAAGGAUAAAUUCCAAGAAGGCCUCAAAGUCCUACCAAUUAGGUCAUCAACUUUCAAGUAAAUGGUCAACUGGUGCUGGUCCUAGAAUUGGUUGUGUCAAUGAUUACCCUGUUGAGCUUAGGUUACAAGCAUUGGAAAUGCUUAACCUUUCUCCAAAAUUUCCACCUUCACCUUCUUCUUACAUGCUAGUGGGUGAUCUUAUGUCCCCUAAUGCAUCUCCAAUACCCAAUAUAGCACCAUGACUUUAUACUGAUGAUACUUUUGUUAGUUGAGUUUGAGCCACUCAAUUAUCUUGUUAGGAUAAUAGUGGUUAUUAUAGAUAUAGUCUUGGUUUAGGAUUUUCUCCUCUAAGCUUAUAUAGAUGGUAGCUUCUAAGUAAAUGUUUAAGAAAAAAAGUUAUGUUCCUAUGUCAUCUCAACCUGUGAGAACUUUAAUGUUAUCUUAUAGUAUGAAAUCCAAGUUACAGAGAAAUUGAUUAGUGCUUUUAUCA